CACUGCACUUUACUCCACACACACUGCUGUGCAUGCUGCAGGAAUUACCCACAAUCCCCCGAGCAGGAACAUGCUGAGAGUGCGCUGUCUGAGAGGAGGGAGCCGAGGAGCCGAAGCUGCUCAUUUAAUCGGAGCCAUGAUCGGACGUACGGUGUCCCGUUGGGUUCAGAAGGCGUUUCAGAGCUCGAGCUCGGCUGCCGCUGUGAGAUCAGAUGCAGCCGAGGACGUGUCCGUCACUGAGCCUGUGGCUGACGAGUGUCCAGUCUGCGCUUAUAACGAGUGGGACCCUCUGGAGGAAGUGAUUGUAGGGCGAGCGGAGAACGCACGUGUCCCUCCGUUUACUGUAGAGGUCAAGGCUAACACGUACGAAAAGUACUGGCCAUUUUAUCAGAAAUAUGGAGGGCAGACAUUCCCUGAGGAGCACCUGAAGAAGGCGAUUACUGAAAUCGAGGAAAUGUGCAAUAUCCUGCACCAUGAGGGCGUCGUGGUGAGGAGACCAGAACCCAUCGACUGGUCCAUCAAGUACAAAACCCCCGACUUCACAUCCACAGGCAUGUACGCAGCAAUGCCACGAGACAUCCUGUUGGUUGUGGGGAAUGAGAUCAUUGAGGCUCCGAUGGCGUGGAGAGCUCGGUUCUUUGAGUAUCGUGCGUACAGGCCGCUCAUCAAAGAGUACUUUAAUCAAGGAGCAAAGUGGACCACCGCACCCAAACCCACCAUGGCUGAUGAGCUCUACGACCAGGAUUACCCGAUCCGUACAGUAGAGGACAGACACAAACUGGCUGCAGAAGGAAAGUUUGUCACCACUGAACAUGAGCCAUGUUUUGACGCUGCUGAUUUUAUCCGUGCCGGAACAGAUCUGUUUGUACAGAGGAGCCAGGUGACCAACUUCAUGGGAAUCGAGUGGAUGAGACGUCACCUCGCUCCCAACUACAAAGUGCACAUCAUCUCGUUUAAGGAUCCGAACCCCAUGCACAUCGACGCUACCUUUAACAUCAUCGGACCCGGGCUGGUGCUGUCCAAUCCAGACAGACCAUGCCGUCAGAUCGAUAUGUUUAAGAAGGCCGGCUGGACGGUGGUCCAUCCACCAACACCUUUAAUUCCUGAUGAUCACCCACUCUGGAUGUCCUCCAAGUGGUUGUCCAUGAAUGUCCUGAUGCUGGAUGAGAAACGCGUCAUGGUGGACGCUAACGAGACGACUAUUCAGAAAAUGUUUGAAAAUCUUGGUAUUAAGACGAUUAAAGUGAGUAUUCGUCACGCGAACUCCCUGGGCGGAGGCUUCCACUGCUGGACCACAGAUGUCCGGCGCAGAGGAACACUGCAGUCCUACUUCCACUGAGACCUGCCAGAAAUCAUGCAGUUAUUAUUGAGUUCACAUUCACACAGAAACAACAGUUCGGCUUUUAAUUGAAGAAAUCUCAACAACUAAAGAUCACAAAUUUAUAAAAAUCUUUAAUAGAAGUAUAAACAUUCACUGGAAAGUUCACAUGCGACUGUAACACUAAAGUCUUAAUUCUUUUAUUUUGUUUUUUUAUUCGAGCCGUGCAUGUGAAGCUUCCGCAGCCACCCAACGCUCGCCAUCUCAAUAACGACUGCAUUUCUGACAUUAUGGGACUGCAUUAAGCUUCUCUUCCUUUAUUUUUGUUUCCCACACAAAAAUGUGCUUGUUUGCCAAAAAAGAGAAAAAAGGAACUCAAAAACAAACAAAAAAAAAAAACGAGGCAAAGUGUUUUAAUGAAAGACUUAAUUUCUAUCAGCAUCAAAUUUCUAAAUCAGACUGUUUUAAUCAGAAGAAAUCGGAUGAUAAAUUAUACAACAAUUCCCCAAAAGAGCCCCGUCAGUUCCCAUGAUGCCCAGGGAAGUUCUGCUCUCAGCGUCACCAAGACAACAAACAAGGCCAGGACAUGUUUAAUACACACACAAAAAAAGUUACUACCUCCUUUUUAUAAUUACAGAAAAUACAUUUGUUUCUUAAAAAAUUGAUUCUAACAGGAAUUUUGUAUCUUUUUUUAUUUAUCAUAGGUCAUUACCCACUCAUUAUUACAAUUUUGUGUUAAGUUGUAAGGUUUCUGUUCCGUCUCAGGAGAACAGAGCGCUCAGUGUGAGUGAGUGUGUCUCCCCCUGCUGGCCAUCACAGGCACUGAACCUUGUUCAAUCCUUUUUCUUACAAACAAUUACUUUCCAGCAUCUUUCUUUUCGCUUGUUAUCCAUCAUAAGUGUAUUUGUGAAUGAUGAGGUGCUGGUGCGAUAUCCUGCGGCCCGUGUUGUCAUCUUCAACAGAAGAUCGGACUCUGUGCUGCUUCGCUGCUCUUUUGUGUUCACGGGAAAAUAAAAUGAUAUUUGUUUUAGUUUUUCUCCAGGGGAACAGUUUUAGCUGCUCUGAGCCUUUUGGACUGAGCGAGGUGUGUGAAUGUGAGCUGGGUUAAUAUAUAUUAAAAAGAAAAGAAAAAAAAAGAAUGAAAAACAAAAUGUGUGUGACUCGAUGCAUGACGAGUAAAUAAAAAGA